UGCCGCGGAACUGUGUGGACGACAUGAAAUCGUACUGGAACAAGAACUGUGACAUCGGUCUCCUCCGCGCGUACGAGGACCAGCCCUGGUUCAAAAACCGCGUCGUCCAAGCGGAAUGGCGAAAUUUUGUGGAUCAGCUCGUCACGCCGAGCAACAUCGGAUGUCAAGCGUGUCCAGGACCGGACGACUGGAGCUUCAAGUGUCACAAGGUCCGCAGCCUGAUCGGACCCACGAUUCCGUGCGUCUGGGAGUUGCCAGAGAAGGAUAAAUGUGACCCCACGCAAUACGGAAUCAAUCGGGAUUGGCGUCGGUACAAUGAGGACCAACGCAUCGCCGCGAGUGAUAUUUCCUGUGGGUGCAACAAAGCUCCGAUCUGCUAUCCGAAAACUCGGUGUGAAUGGCCGCCCUAUCUCGGAGUGAAAUAUGGGCCGCGAUACAUGGCGUGGGCACAUCCGUCCAAGGGAAACUUUCCACGAACUUCCACGGUCUUCAAUUACCAGUCGCUCCCACAGUGUUGAGAGAAGAAAUAAUAAUUUGAAAUCUAAUUUGAACUUAUGAAAGUAUGAAAAAAAUUCAA